UAUACCUGACAACAGUACAUAUAAGCUGACGAGUGUGUACAUACUCCUGUUACCAACAGUUGAUAAUCCAUCAAAACAAGUGCUGCCCGUAUGUUGAGCGAGUUUAAAUCGACAGCAAUCACGUUUAUUGGUUCAUAUAGUGUUCAAUCUGUGCUGUGCGCGAGUGGUGAAAAUGGCGAUCAUUCGGUUCUUCUGUCCAGUCGAAGAUGAAAAACGGCAGUAUCUUCUGCACAACUUCCAAAAAGUCAACGCGCGUGUUAUCAACCUACGAGUGGAGAAGUGCUAUCACGUCCAGAACUCCAAGUACGGCAAGUUCCCAAGGGAAGUCGAGAAAUUGCUGCGAUGGAUUUUGAAGGGCCCGCAACAGGAAGACAACUUGACGAUGGUUCCAGCAUUGUCGAAAGGGAAAGUGAACGAAGAGUUGAUUGAAAUCGGACCGAGAUUUAAUUUUUCCACAGCUGAUUCCACCAACAGUGUGAGCAUCUGUCAAAAUGUUGGUCUUACGUUUAUCGAUCGUAUCGAGGUGUCAUACCGGUAUCUUCUUACCUUUGACUUGCCCGGUACCAAGGACGAGGAAAUCUCGCAGCUUAUGGAUGUGGUAUGUGACCGCAUGACUCAAUGUAGAUACACCAAAGACAACAUACCUCAGAAAGAUUUCUACGAGAGUUUUAAGCAAAGCAACGAAAAGUGGUACGUUGUUCCCGUUAUCGAACGAGGUGCAGAGGCGCUAAGGGAAGUUGAUAAACUGCUAGGGCUGGCCUUUGACGAAUGGGACAUAAAAUACUACACUGAUCUAUUUACAAAAGUGCUCAAGCGAAACCCAACUAAUGUGGAACUGUUUGAUUGUGCGCAGUGUAAUAGUGAGCAUUCCCGGCAUUGGUUUUUCAAAGGAAAAAUGAUAAUUGAUGGGGUGGAGGAAAAGCAGUCACUAAUUGAUAUGAUAAUUGAUACGCAAAAGUUUUCCAAUCAGAACAAUACUGUGAAGUUCAGUGAUAACAGUAGUGCUAUCAAAGGAUUUUCCCAUCAAGCCUUGAGAGCAAGCAGCUUCAUUGAACCGGGACGACUGGAGCUCAAGUCCAUUAGCUCUGAUCUUAUAUUGACAGCUGAAACGCACAACAUGCCUACAGCGUUAUCUCCGUUUAGUGGUGCAACAACAGGAACCGGUGGCAGACUUCGCGAUGUUCAAAGUAUCGGUCGUGGUGGAUUACCAAUUUGCGGCACUGUUGGCUACUGCGUAGGAAUGCUGAACAUCCCCGGUUAUGAGUUACCAUAUGAACGGCAUCUUGAAUAUCCACCAUCCUUUGCAAAACCCUUGAAAAUUCUAAUCGAAGCCAGCAACGGAGCAUCGGACUAUGGAAACAAGUUCGGUGAACCUGUCGUGUCGGGAUUUACUAUUUCCUUCGGGGUAGUUACGAAUGACAAUCAACGUUUGGAAUACGUGAAGCCGAUUCUGUUCAGUGGUGGAAUCGGGACGAUGGAUUCCAACCUGAAAGAUAAAGUGAAACCCGAAAAGGGAAUGCUGUUAGUCAAACUUGGUGGACCGGUUUAUAGGAUUGGAGUUGGAGGCGGUGCCGCCAGUUCGGUGGAAGUGCAGGGAGAUAACGAUAGCGAACUGGAUUUCAAUGCCGUGCAACGUGGAGAUGCGGAGAUGGAGAAUAAGCUGAAUCGGGUGGUUCGGGCUUGCAUCGAAAUGGGAGACCAGAAUCCAAUUCUGGCCAUACAUGACCAAGGAGCCGGUGGAAAUGGAAACGUGCUGAAAGAGUUGGUUGAGCCGGGAUAUGCGGGAGCCGUUAUAUUUUCCAAGGAGUUUACUUUGGGUGAUCCUACGAUAACGACCAUGGAGCUCUGGGGAGCAGAAUAUCAGGAAAAUAAUGCAGCCUUAAUCGACCCGAAACACAAGCAACUCCUGUUGGAUGUUUGCGAACGAGAGAGAUGUCCAGUCAGCUUCGUGGGACAUGUUACUGGCAACGGGUUUGUCACACUGGUGGACGAGAACUACGAUCCCCGUAAGUAUUCCAAUAGGAAUGAUCGCGAAAGCUGGGGAAGUUUGCCGUUUGACAUGCAUUUGGACAACGUUUUGGGUGAAAUGCCUCGGAAGGAGUUCCAACUGGAACGCAAAUCAAUUAAGCUAAGCGAAUUUGACACGAGAAAUGUUAGCCUUACGGAAGCACUGAACCUAGUUCUAUCAACCAUCACCGUGGGAAGUAAGCGUUACUUGACCAACAAGGUAGAUCGGUGCGUUACCGGUUUAGUGGCACAGCAGCAAUGUGUUGGACCGCUCCAUACCCCACUGGCGGACUACUCCAUAUGUGCAGUGUCCCAUUUCGGGUUUGAAGGAAUAGCCUCUUCCAUCGGAACUCAACCUGUAAAAGGUCUCCUGGACAACGCGGCCGGUGCCCGUCUCUCCGUAGCGGAAGCUAUGUCGAAUUUAGUGUUUGCCGGUAUCACUCAACUGGCCGAUGUGAAAUGCUCCGGCAAUUGGAUGUGGGCAGCAAAACUGAACGGCGAAGGUGCAAAACUCGUUGAUGCGUGCAAAGCCAUGUGCGAAUUGAUGAAAAAGUUGAACAUUGCAAUCGACGGCGGUAAGGAUUCGCUCUCCAUGGCAGCUCGUGUGAAAAAUGAAACAGUCAAAAGCCCUGGAACUCUUGUCAUUUCUACCUAUGCACCGUGUCCUGAUAUUCGGGUGAAAGUCACUCCCGAUCUGAAAGCUGCUUCGAUGGGUCGAGAAACCACUUUGGUAUUCGUAUCAAUUGAAACCCAAUUCAGGCUGGGCGGUUCAGUACUGGCUCAGUGCUAUGGACAACUGGGCUUGCACACACCGGAUAUAGAUAGAGCAGACAUCCUGGUGCAGGCAUUCAACACUACUCAAUCGCUGCUAAAAUCGAAGAAGCUGCUAUCUGGUCACGAUGUUAGCGAUGGUGGACUGCUGGUUUGUGCGCUGGAAAUGGCUUUUGCUGGAUUGGCUGGCAUUCGAAUUGAUCUGACCGAGGUGUACAAUAAGUUUGGUAAGCAGUUCGGAGGCAUUGAACAGGCGGCAAACCAUAUUCUUUUCGCUGAAGAAUGCGGCUGGAUCGUCGAGAUAGAUUCCAACAACGUCGCCGGUGUAAUCGAAACCUAUCAAUCUGCUGGCGUGCCAUGUUUCAUCAUUGGCAAUGCCUACAAAACAGAUGUCCAUCAAAAUGGAUCAGUUUCAGUUACUAUAAACGGCCAACAGGUGCUGAAAACUAGCGUCAUCAACCUGUUCAAGCAAUGGGAAAGAACUAGUUUCGAGAUUGAAAAGCUACAAGCCAACGAACAAUGUGCCGUACAAGAAUUCGAAUCAUUGGAGUACAGGUGCGGACCUAGCUACAGUUGCAGCAUAGAUCCGGAUUUGCUCUAUUCCACGAAGAAGCUUGGCACGCAGCCGAGAGUAGCUGUCAUCCGCGAGGAAGGCUCCAACGGUGAUCGUGAAAUGUGUGCCGCCCUAUUCGAAGCAAACUUCGAAGUGCACGAUGUCACCAUGAGCGAUUUGCUGACUGGGAGAACCUGUCUGGACAACUACCGUGGUGUGGUCUUCCCGGGUGGUUUCAGCUAUGCCGAUACUCUGGGAUCGGCCAAAGGCUGGGCAGCAUCCAUAUUAUACAACGAAGUCUUGUCACCUCAGUUUCAACACUUUAGAUCCAGAAACGAUACAUUCUCUCUUGGUGUAUGUAACGGCUGCCAGCUCAUGGGACUGAUUGGUUGGGUCUCCACAGAACCACCAGCAAAGGACUCCGAUCUUCCAGACAUUGCACUUCUGCAAAACACAUCCAAUCGAUUCGAAUGCCGCUGGAGUACCUUGAAAAUAGCGGGAAACAACUCUAUCAUGCUUCGUAAGCUGCAGGGUAGCGUCAUUGGGUGCUGGGUGGCCCAUGGUGAAGGACGUUUUUCAUUCAGAACGAAACAAGUGCUGCAACAACUGAAGAAGAAUAAAUGCAUUGCCAUGCAUUAUGUUGACGAUCAGAACGAACCGACCGAGACGUACCCGAUGAAUCCAAAUGGCAGCGUUGGAGGUGUUGCCGGGGUUUGUUCGCCGGACGGGAGACACCUUGCUGUUAUGCCGCAUCCCGAACGAUGUGCCAAGAUGUGGCAGUGGCCGUACGUUUCCAGUGGAUUCGAGUUUCGCACAUCUCCCUGGCAUUCCAUGUUUGCUGAAGCCUAUAACUGGUGUGUAGGUGAAUAACAUUCCUUGUGCCUUCAACAUUGUUCAAAUUUAGAGAAUAAAAAGUUUUAAAACAUUUUAA